AUGGCAUUAUAUUACAAUUUAGUAUUUGGUUUGUUAGUCAUUGAAAUGGUAUUCUUUGGAAUACUUUCAUUACCAUAUCCAAGAAAAGUAAGAAGAUCUAUUUUACAAACAGUAUCAGCACCUUUCAGAAAUGAACAAUUUCAAAUCGCAUUAAAAUGUGUUUUAGGUUUUGUUGCUGUAUUGUUCAUUGAUUCAGUCAACAGAGUAUAUGCAGUCACUACUGAAUUACAUUCUGCUACUCAGGCUCAUCCUGGUUCUUCUAUAAUGAAUGAUAGAUCAGAAAUUCAAGCUAGAAGAUUUUAUGCACAAAGAAACAUGUAUUUGUGUGGAUUCACUUUAUUUUUAACAUUAAUUUUAACUCGAACUUAUAAUUUAGUUGUAGAAUUAAUUGCAACUAAAGAUAAAGUGGAUGAAUUGAAACAUGAAGAGUCUAGCAAUGUAAAAGCUGUAUCAGAUGGUGAUAAUGAAGAGCUCGAAAAAUUAAGAGCUCAAUUGGCUGAAAAAGAUGAAACUUUAGAAUUAUUGAAAAAUCAAGCUUCUAGUUUAAACAAAGAUUAUGAUGAAGUAUCGGAAUUAAAGAUUAGAACAUAA